AAAGGACGCUACUGUAAGGAGAGGAAACUGCGAGCAUGGGACCUGUAGUGCUGCUGAUUACUGGCCUAGCCUGGACUGUGCUGGAGACUGCAACUGCCACCGAAUGGAGUUGUGCAAAGCCUGUGGAGAUUGAACAUGGCUAUGUGGAGCACCUGAUCAAGUACCACUGCAACCCAUACUACAAGCUGAGCAACUCUGGUGAUGGCACAUACAAGUGUGAUGAGAAUAAUGAGUGGGUGAGCCCUGAGGCUGUCAAGGAGAUGCCUGUCUGUGAGCCUGUGUGUGGGAAGCCCAAGAACCCCCCCACGCAGAUGCAGCGGAUCAUUGGGGGCCUGCUGGCUCGAAAGGGCAGCUUCCCUUGGCAGGGCCGGCUGAUCACCCACCACAACCUCACCACGGGGGCCACACUCAUUAGUGACCAGUGGCUGCUGACCACGGGUAGGAACGUUUACCUGAACCACAGAGAGGAUGCCAAGCCAGAGGAGAUUGCUCCGACACUGAAGCUUUUCCUGGGCACCCAGGAACAGCCUGCCUUGGACAUUGAGCGUGUGGUGCUGCACCCCAGCUACCCAGAAAGUGUGGAUCUGGCCCUGUUGAAACUCAAGCAGAAGGUGCUCCUUGGAGAGGAGGUGAUGCCCAUCUGCCUGGCCAAGAAGGACUAUGUGCGCCCAGGGCGGGUGGGUUAUGUUUCAGGCUGGGGCCGUGGUGCCACCUUUGCUUUUCCCAAGAUGCUGAAAUAUGUGAUGCUGCCGGUAGCAGAGGGGGAGAAGUGCCGUCAGUACUAUGAGGCACGGAAUGGGUCCUACUGGGUCCAGCCCAUCCUCAGCAAUGACACCUUCUGUGUGGGCAUGAGUGAGCUGCGGGAGGACACGUGCUAUGGGGAUGCGGGUGGUGCCUUUGCCGUGCAGGACUCCGAUGAUGACACCUGGUAUGCAGCUGGCAUCCUCAGCUACGACAAAACCUGCACGACCUCCAAAUACAGCGUGUACGUGGAUGUACAGCGUGUCCUGUCCUGGGUCAAGGAGACAAUGGCAUCUGGCUGAGGCAGGGCCGUUAAGAAAUAAAACUGCU